AUGAGCGGUGGGAAGAAGAAAAGUAGCUUUCAGAUCACCAGCGUCACCACGGACUAUGAGGGCCCGGGAAGCCCAGGGCCUUCGGAUUCCCCUGCCUCCCCGGCUCCCCCCGGGCCCCCGCCGCGCCUCCCCAACGGGGAGCCCAACCCCGAUCCAGGCGGCAGGGGCACCCCCCGGAAUGGCUCCCCGCCACCUGGAGCCCCCGCCUCCCGUUUCCGGGUGGUGAAGCUGCCCCAAGGCUUGGGGGAGCCUUAUCGUAGGGGUCGGUGGACGUGUGUGGAUGUUUACGAGAGAGACCUGGAGCCCCCGGGCUUCAGCCGCCUCCUGGAGGGAAUCCGAGGGGCCUCGGGAGGCGCCGGAGGCAGGUCGCUGGAUUCUAGGUUGGAGCUGGCUAGCUUGGCCAUAAGCACCCCUAUCCCGCAGCCGGGCCAGCAUCAGGGCCCAACCUCUUGGCUCCGCCCGCCCCCCACUUCUCCUGGACCUCAGGCCCGCUCCUUCACAGGGGGGCUGGGCCAGCUGGCAGGACCUGGCAAGGCCAAGGUGGAGACACCCCCGCUCUCAGCCUCUCCGCCCCAGCAGCGCCCCCCAGGGCCCGGGACUGGAGACGGUGCCCAGCCCCUGCCCGCUCUGAGGUUAGACUCGGAGUCUGGGGGUCCAGCAGCCGGAACCCCUCCAUUGUCGCGGAGGAGAGAUGGGCCAGUUCGCCUGAGGAUGGAGUUCCUUGCUCCAGAGGAGACAGGGAAGGUGCCUCUGAUCGACUCUCGCCCCAGCUCUCCAGCCCUCUACUUUGAUGCCAGCCUGGUCCACAAGUCUCCAGACCCCUUUGGAGCCGCAGCAGUCCAGAGCCUCAGCCUGGCACGGUCCAUGUUGGCCAUCAGUGGCCACCUGGACAGUGAUGAGGAGAGUGGUUCCGGAAGCCUGGUUGGCAUUGACAACAAGAUUGAACAAGCCAUGGACUUGGUGAAGUCCCACCUCAUGUUUGCCGUGCGAGAAGAGGUGGAGGUGCUGAAGGAGCAGAUCCGAGACCUGGCCGAGCGCAACGCGGCGCUGGAGCAGGAGAACGGGCUGCUACGCGCCCUGGCCAGCCCGGAGCAGCUGGCCCAGCUGCCGUCCUCGGGGCUCCCGCGGCUUGGGCCCUCUGCACCCAAUGGGCCUUCCAUCUGAGCCUCCUUUCCCUCACCAUGUGCCUUUGGGGGGCUGCCACCGGCUGCUGCGCCUGUGCCAGCGGCCUGCCCCUCCUCCUAUUAGCUUUAAUGCCCGCACCCAACCCCAGUGCCCGGGGAUGGGAGUCGAAGGCUCAGUUUUGGCCUGUCCCUUCCCACCUGGUGUCCCAGAGUCCUGGGGCCUUUCGGGGAGAGAGAACACCUGGGAGGGUGCUUCUCUGGAGCCCCUCAUCCACCUCCUUCCCAAGGUGUCAGUCUUCUGGGGACCCCCCAGCAGUAGCUGGCCUGGAAAGGUUUGGAGGUUCCCCGGCAGGCCCCAGCCCCACCCCACUGUGCUCCUUCCAAGUGCCCCCUCUCUCCUCUACCCAGGGGAGGGUGUAUGGACAGUAUCGUCAACUUCUGGGAUUCAAGUUGUUAUUAAAAUAAUAAUUAUAAUUAAAAAAAAUCUGAAGAAACUUGAA